GAAGCGGUUUCAAGAUUAAUACUGUGACAGCGCGGUUCCCCGGCAUUCUGGUGACAGAGAGGGGAGGAAUUGAGGUGUCGGAGGGUUGCAUCUGGAGGGGGUGUGUAACACUGACUGAAGAAAGCUAUUGAGAGUCUUCUGCAGAGCUGAAAAUUUUGUUCUGAAGUCUUAUGGAUCCAGAAGGAAGUUCUGUUCACAACUGUGGGAGUAGUUUGGUUGUCAACCACAUGAAAGGCCCUGAGUUUAGCCCGGGAAAGAAAAAAAAGAUUAAAGUGCCGGUGAGGAGACUUCGUGAGGUCAUUUCUCCAAAUCAGGGAGAUAAUUUGGCUUUGCUGAAAGAUGACUCGUCCUGUGUUCCUCCAGCAUUGUCUGCAAAUAAACAUCUUCCUGUUAAAACGGGAGCUAGCUUGAAUGGAGUGUUGUCUGGUUCAUCAGACUUAAUUUCUGCUAGAAAUGAUCACCAACCUCCUUUUGAUAAUCUCACUGUGUCACAAAGUGAUUUUUCUAAAGAUGUUGCAGUACAAGAGGUAUCUUUGGAUAAAAGAGAAGAGAGCAGACAAAAAGCGAAUGACAUCUUUAUUUCUCAGUAUGCCAUGGGACAGAAAGAUGCUCUAAGAACAGUUUUAAAGCAAAAAGCUCAAAGCAUGCCUGUUUUUAAAGAAGUAAAGGUACACCUUUUAGAAGAUGCAGGAACAGAAAAGGACGCUGUCACUCAGGAGGCCAGAAUUUCACCCAGUGGAAUUGACUCAGCUACCACUGUGGCUGCAGCUACUGCUGCUGCCAUCGCCACAGCAGCUCCACUCAUAAAAGUGCAGAGUGAUUUGGAAGCGAAAGUCAAUUCUGUUGCAGAAUUACUUAAUAAGUUACAGGAGACCGAUAAACACUUACAACGAGUUACAGAGCAGCAAACAAGCAUUCAGAAUAAGCAUGAGAAACUACAUUGUCAUGAUCAUGAAAAACAAAUGAAUGUGUUUAUGGAGCAGCAUAUUAGGCAUCUUGAAAAAUUACAGCAACAACAAAUAGAUAUUCAGACUCAUUUUAUUAGUGCUGCACUCAAGACUAGCAGUUUUCAGCCUGCUCGUGAGCCCUCUUUAAGAGCAGUGGAAAAGUAUUCUGUAAAACCAGAGCAUCCUAAUCUUGGUAACAGUAAUCUGUCUUCACAUAACACAUUCGCCUCCAAACAAGUAUGGACUUUGAUAAACAGAAAUCUUUGGAAACACCAGCACCUCGCAGGUUUGCUCCUAUACCUGUUUCAAGGGAUGCUGAAAUAUUUAAGAGGGAGAAUACUAUGGAAGAAAAAGAAAAUAUGCAAAUUUCAGGUCAUAGAGGAAAUGUAAGACUGUUGGAACAAAUUUUAAAUAACAAUGACUCUUCGACAAGAAAAAGUGAAUCAUCAGACAAAACCUCACUAACUAAGUCAAAAAUAGGGUGGAGUCUUGAGAAAAGAGACAGUGCUGAAACUCUACUUUCUCAACAAUUUCCUUCCUAUGAAGAGCUUGGAACAGCCACCAAGAUUAUGGAGAGGUCUGAUGAUGUUCUUCAUGAUCUUGGUCAAAAGAGGAAAGAAACAAAUGGCAUGUUCCAGAAUUCCAAGCUUCAGACAGCCAAUACAAGAUCCAUAUUGAAAGAUGCUGAGAAGAUUUUGAGAGGAGUACAAAACAAUAAGAAAGUACUUGAAGAAAACUUGGAAGCUAUUAUUCGUGCAAAGGAUGGAGCUGCCAUGUACUCGUUUAUCAAUGCUCUGUCUACCAACAGAGAGAUGUCAGAGAAGAUUAGGAUCAGAAAGACAGUAGAUGAGUGGAUUAAAACUAUUUCUGCAGAAAUUCAGGAUGAACUGACAAAAGAUUAUGAACAAAAAAGAUUUGAUCAGAAGAGUCAAAAGACCAAGAAAGCUCAGAAUCUAAAUAAAGAUAUUAAAACCAACACACAAGACAAAACUGUAAACAAAUUUGUUGUUCCAAGAAAACCUUCUCAAAAACAAGAAGGACAUUGUAGAAAUCCACCUGUGAGGAGCAUGCCUGCUUCAAGUUUACAGAAAGAGAGAAAAGAAGGACUUUUGAAAGCAACCACAGUGAUACAAGAUGAGGAUUUUAUGUUACAAAUAUAUGGAAAACCAGUUUACCAGGGCCAUCGGAGCACUCUUAAAAAAGGACCGUACCUCAGAUUUAAUUCUCCAUCUCCCAAGUCCAAACCACACAGACCAAAAGUAAUAGAGCAAGUUAAAGGCACUAAAGUCAAGUCAAUAAGAACACAGACUGACUUUUAUGCAACAAAACCUACGAAGAUGCACUCUAAAGUACAGCAUUCCGCUACUGCACUGCCUCAUGGUGAUAAGCAGUAUUUGUUUAGUCCAAGCAGAGAAAUGGCUACUCUUUCAGGCACACUGGAAGGUCAUCUAAUUCCUAUGGCGAUUCUUUUAGGACAAACCCAAAGUAAUAGUGAGUCCAUGCCCCCUGCUGGAGUGAUUAUAAACAAGCCACAUCCAAUCACCGUGACUACUUCUAUUCCUCCAUCACCUCGGAAAAUAGAAACUGCGGUAAAGAAACCUAACAUAGCAGUUGUAGAAAUGAAGUCAGAAAAGAAGGAUCCUCCUCGGCUUACUGUACAGGUGUUGCCAAAUGUAGACAUUGACAGCAUUUCAAAUGGUAGUGCUGACAUCAGUCCACCUCUGCUUAGUCCCAAAGAAGCAGCUCUUCCUCCUCUGAAAAACUGGAUUCAGACUCCAGAAUUUAUGAAUAUAGAUGAAGAAGAGGUGAAGUUUCCAGGAACUAACUUCGAUGAAGUAGUUGAUAUCAUACAGGAAGAGGAAAAGUGUGAUGAAAUCCCAGAAUCCUCUGAACCAGUUUUGGAGUUUAACAGAAAUAUCGAAGUUGUUCCUACAAAAUAUAAUGGUCCUCCAUUUCCACCAGUUGCUUCUUCCUUUCAACCCACUACUGAUAUUCUUGACAAAGUAAUCAAGAGAAAAGAAACAUUGGAAAAUAGCUUAAUUCAAUGGGUAGAACAAGAAAUAAUGUCAAGAAUUAUUUCUGGACUCUUUCCAGUCCAACAACAGGCUAUAACGAAUGUCAGUGUUUCAGUCAGCGAGGCAAGUGAACCAUUGACUUCAGAUGUUGUGGAAGGAACAAGUGCUCGUGCCCUCAAGCUUUUUGUUGAUGCUGGAGUUCCUGUGAAUUCCGACAUGAUUAGCCAUUUCGUGAAUGAAGCUCUUGCUGAAACCAUUGAGGUUAUGUUGGGUGACGGAGAGGUGAAGAAACAAGUUCCUGUUGUUACAGAUGUUUCAACAAAUGAAACAUUCUUGCCGGCAAGAAUGUGUACCCCAGUGACCACUCCACAGCCUACUCCUCCUCUCUCACCUCUGUCGCCUCUUAAGGAGCAUAUAUUGGUAAAAACUCCAAAUUCUUCUCCCUCUGAUUCAGAUCACGAUGUGGCUCUCCCUGUGAAAGAAAUACUUGCUGAAAAAGGAAAUGAUAUGCCCACCAUCAUGCUUGUUAAUACUCCAACAGUUACUCCUGUUACUACACCUCCUCCGGCAGUGGCUCUUACACCAACUUUAUCAGAGAUUUCCAUGGAUAAAUUGAAAAUAUCCAGCCCAGGGGUUCCUAAGCCAUGGGAGGAUGGAGACCUGCCCCUGGAAGAAGAGAAUCCUAAUUCUCCUCCUCAAGAAGAGCUGCUUCACCCGAGAGCUAUAGUCAUGUCUGUGGCUAAGGAUGAAGAACCUGAGAGUUUGGAUUUCCCUGUUCAACCAGCACCUCCAGAACAAGUUCCCGAUAUGCCUCUUCCUGCUACCACCAAAGUUGCCUCCCCCUUACAGAUGCCAAGUUCAGAGUCAUCCACACUGGAGAGCACCUCAAACACUACUGUCACUGAUACGGAAACACUAGAUCGGCCCAUCUCUGAAGGGGAGGUUUUAUUUAGCGGUCAAAAAUCGGUUCCCAAGAUUUUAGGAGGUGGAGGACUAUGUCUUACAAACCUAAAUGAUAGCUUAUCCAGCACUCUGCACGAUGCCCUUGACAUGGAAGAUGAUCCUCUCAGUGAAGGACAAGUGAUUAGGAUGCCCUGUAAGAAAUUUCAUACAGAUGCAAUUCUUUCUCUUCUUGCUAAACAAAACCAGGAAUUACUGGUUUCACAGGAGGCAGUCUAUCAUUCAGAGGAUUUGGAAAACAGCGUGGGUGAACUUAGCGAAGGACAAAGGCCCAGGCUGAAGGCGGCAGCAGAGAACAUCUUAGUGGGAUGUUCUCUCUCUACGCAGCAGCGAAUGGUCACUGCCGAGUCUUUGGCUCAACAUUGUGAUCCUAAUCUGUCACCUCCGCACGUUGACACAGUUUCAGGUGGUAUUUAUGAAGAUUCAUGUGCUAGUCAUGGUCCAAUGAGUUUAGGAGAAUUGGAGUUGCUUUCAAAUUCUAACCUUGGUUUUCCUUCAACACUUGGGACAUCAGAAGAAAAUGAUGUUAAUUUACCAGUAACAGCUGGAGCUAUUUCUCAGAUGGAAAAAAAAGAGGAGAUUGAUCAUUGGAAGAAAAAUGUCUGCAGAACAGAGCUAAACACUUUAGUUAAUUAUUUGUUCUUUUUUUCCCCCACAUAUUUCAUUAUAGGUGGUAUUUAUGAAGAUUCAUGUGCUAGUCAUGGUCCAAUGAGUUUAGGAGAAUUGGAGUUGCUUUCAAAUUCUAACCUUGGUUUUCCUUCAACACUUGGGACAUCAGAAGAAAAUGAUGUUAAUUUACCAGUAACAGCUGGAGCUAUUUCUCAGUGCCAGCAAAAGCAAGGCCAGGAUGUUGAGCAGGUUGAACACAAGCCAGUACAAAGUCGUCUCAUAUGUGUAAGAAGUAAACCAGACGUUUCACUUUCACAGCAACAAGGUGAGAGAGCAGUACCACUCUUCACCUCUCAGAGCUCAGCCGCCAAGAUGUCCGUGACGCUGCCCGCGGUGAACCUGGAGGAUUGCUCUCAGUCUCUGAGUGUCAGCUCGAAGCAGGGGGACACGGAGUCCUCGGGGCCAGAUACCUUCUGAACACCGCCAGCACAAUGGCUGUGCUACUGGUUUCCAAGUCAUUUUAUUUUGACUUAAAACUAUCUCACAGUCUAUUUUGGUCUUUGGACAUAUUCUACAAAACUUUUUCUAAUUUUUUCUUAAAAUGAAAAGCAUAAUUUGGGUAUUUAGGUAAA